AGCCUUCUAAUUCUUUGAAAUGGUCCGUCUCUCCUUGGCUAUCGCUCUGGCUGUUGCCGUCUUUGGUGUCUCCGCUGCUCCCACUGGCAGUGGCAAAGCUACCGUAGUCUCCCUUCCAUUCUCUCGUGCUAUUAGCUCUCCAAACUGGAAGCAGGCCAUUACUGCUGACAAGAGUCGUGCCUCUCGCUUUGGUGGUAAAUCCAAGACUGCUGAACUUGCUGUCGCCUCCAGCUCAGUCACCGCUGAAAAUGUUGAUUUCAGUUAUGUAGCCAGCGUCAAAGUUGGUACUCAAACCUUCUCUCUUAUCGUCGAUACUGGUUCCUCCAAUACAUGGGUUGGUGCUGGCACCAAAUACGUACCCGGAUCCACUGCCAAGAGCACUGGUGAUACCGUAUCUGUCAGCUAUGGAAGUGGCUCUUUCUCUGGAAAGGAAUACACUGAUACCGUUACUUUGGGUACUUUGGUCAUCACUGGUCAAUCCAUUGGUGAUGCUACAAGUGCCACUGGCUUCUCUGGCGUGGAUGGUAUCAUUGGUUUUGGCCCAACUGAUCUGACUGAAGACACAGUUAGCUCAACUAGUGAAGUUCCCACCAUCAUUGACAAUGCUUAUUCCGAGGGAUUGAUCAGCACCAAGGUUUUGGGUGUCUACUUUGCCCCUCUCAGCGGCAGUGCUACAACUGCCAACAACGGUGAGCUUACUUUUGGUGGUGCUGAUUCCACCAAGUACACCGGUUCCAUUACCUACACUCCCGUUACCUCCACUUCUCCAUCCAGCUUGUACUGGGGUAUCAACAUCUCCAAGAUCGCCUACGGAACCACAAGUGUUUCCACCGCCAGCCUUCCUGGUAUCGUUGAUACUGGAACCACUCUCAUCUACCUCCAAACUAGCACUUACACUGCUUUGUACAAGAACAUUAGUGGAUACAAGCUUGACUCCACUACUGGUCUUGUCGUUAUUCCUUCCAGCAGCUAUUCCAGCCUCAAGAACAUCUCGUUCACUAUUGGUGGCACUGCCUUCACCUUGACACCUGCUGAGUACAUCUUGCCCCAAGCUCAAGUUUCUGCCUGGGGAGGAACUGCUGGAAAGUACUACAGUCUUAUUGGAGAUCUUGGUACUGAGACAGGCUUGGACUUCAUUCUUGGACAAAAGUUCUUGGAGAACUACUAUUCCAUCUUUGAUACUUCCAACUCUCGCGUCGGUCUCGCCACCAGAGCCUAAAGUAAAGGAGCUGGUCUCUGGUCCAUUUUUACGAACGAUAGCUCGCAGUUGUUGUUAAAUGUACUGCCUAUUAUUUUUAUUGAAGGAAUAUCAAAAUAAAUUCUAUGCUUGAAUAAC